AUGGAAUCUAAAUCUGAUGACUUUUCUUGCAAUAGAUGCAAAAAACCUUACAAUACGACUGACCGAGAGCCUCUAAUGCUCCCAUGUGGGCACACAUUUUGUUCUCAAUGUAUCCAGGCUUUAUCAGUUAAAAAAAAUAUCAUUUGUCCUGAUAAUCCUGCCCAUACCACAGACGUCCCCUAUCAAAAACUCCCCAAAAAUUACUCUCUUUUGAACCUUAUGUGGAAAUCUUCAACAAAAGAAGAAUGCGGUGAGCAUAAAAAGCCUUUAGAUUACAUUUGUGUUGAAGAUAAAAUAAAGACAUGUGCUGAUUGCGCUUUAUUUGGGGUUCAUAAAUUCCAUGAUAUUAGACCUAUUCAAGCUUCUACGAGUGAAAUAGCUAUUAAAGCUGUUUAUUUAAUUGGGAUGUCAGAGCAGAUUAAUCAUGGAAUAUCGGAAUAUUUUAGUGAAAAUAAUAAGCAAAGAAUGGAGCUUGUUUAUGAAGAAUUUCAGAAAAAAAAAAGAAUGCAGGAAAAAGAGAUAAGAGAAGGCUUUCAAAAACUGAGGAAAAAAUUAAUAGAGACAGAAAAACAGGCGCUGAAACUUAUGCAGAGAAAUUUUGAAUUUAUUGAGUAUCAUUUGGUAGCUGCAAGGGAUAUUCCAAAAUUGAUAUUCUCCCUAAUAAUAAUUUUAAGCUCCUAGUCUAUUUAAUUACACCUAAAUUAUAAAAAUUAUAUUCAAGGACUCUGCAGUAUAUAAGCAUCCAAUUUCUAUUAAAUAGUUUAAAUUCUCAAGCUAUAAUAUGAAAAGAAAAAGUAGAUAUCAAGCUAAAAAACAUCAUAAAUCAUGCUGGAGAUCUUAAUUAUAUCCCUAUUGACCUAUUAGAGCAAGAGUGCACUGAUUUACUAGAAAUGGGAAAUAUGAUAAUUCAAGAUAUGGAUGGCCUCAAAGACAUCAAUUUUGAUUUUGUUGAAAAUAUCAUUCAUCAGAUUGAUGUGGAAUUCAAAGAAGAAUUGCUUUACAAAAUAUGUGAUAUCAGCCCAAAUAUAAACAAGCUAGGAGCAGAAACGGAAAGAAGAACCUGCAAUCCAGACGAUAGUUUGAAUGUUUCUCGAGACAUAAGUUUUGAUUACUCAUAUGUAAACAACGACAAAAUCCUUCAAUUUCAUCACAAUUAA